AUGAAGACUUCCGAACGAGUGGAAAUAUCCCGUCGACACGCGCUGUGUCUCAACUGUCUGUCACCUGGUCAUCAAGCUCGUGUCUGUAACAAGGGAUCCUGUCACCACUGUCGACAGAAGCACCACUCGCUGUUGCACACAAACUCAUACCCGGUCAAUUCCUCUGUCGCGCAAUCAAGAAGUCAAACCACCAAUCAACAGCAGUUACAAACACCUCGAUCGAACCUCAACCAACCGAUACACACUCAGACGACACAAACACGCACAAACUCACUCCCAGUUAUACACUCCAACAUCAGCCAAUCACCUACCACCACAAACCAGUCAUGCACGUGUAGAAAUACUGUCACGCUUCCUGUCAGUACUAAAACCCAUUCUAAAGAAGUUCUUCUGUCAACCGCCAUCGUUCGAGUAGUAGACCGUUUCGGAAAUACUCAACUAGCUAGAGCUCUGCUAGAUUCGUGCUCACAGUUUUGUUUUAUGACCGUACAAUUCUGUCAGAAGUUGAGUUUCAUACAGAAGCCGAAGUAUCUAACGGUUCAAGGUAUUGGAGGAUCCAAGGCAGUGUCACGAAAAAUAGCUGUUGCAACCAUAGCGUCACGAUCCGAUCAGAUUUCGACGUACAAUUCUGAGAUGAAGUUCUUCGUGCUUCCGGAGCUUACUGUUUCACUACCAACCUCGAAGAUUAAUGUCAGCCAUUGGAGGUUUCCUGAAGAUAUUGUGUUGGCUGAUCCUACAUUUUUUGAACCCGGUCGUGUGGAUAUUAUCAUUGGAGCUGAACACUACUACGAUCUUCUCGAGGAGGGUCGUAUGAGACUUGCCGACGACAGUCCAGUAUUACAAAACUCUGUCUUCGGCUGGAUAGUUUCCGGGUCGGUUCCCGUUGAAGAAAGGAUUCAGCAGUCAACCGUAGCCUACACGUGUACACUUGCAGAUGUACACAAUCAAUUAACGAAGUUUUGGGAGGUGGAGACCUGUCGUUCCAAUAGCAUACAAUCAGUAGAAGAAACAGUAUGUGAAAACCUUUUUGACCAAACAACUACUCGGGAUAAAUCCGGUAGAUUCGUAGUGAGCUUACCGAAAAAGGAAUUCGUCAUCAAGCAAUUAGGAGAGUCACGUAAUACAGCGAUGAAACGGUUAACUGGAAUGGAGAGACGUUUCCAGUCAAACCCUGGAUUGCAAUCCGCGUACCGAGAAUUUAUGAGGCGCGGACAUAUGCGACAAGUUAACGAACCCAACGAUGAAGCUCCUGUCUACUACCUCCCUCACCACGCGGUUCUGAAACCCGAUAGCACAACGACCAAGCUUCGUGUUGUGUUUGACGCUUCAUGCAAAACGACAACUGGGGUUUCAUUGAACGACGCACUGAUGGUUGGACCGGUCGUACAAGACGAUCUAUUGUCUAUUGUAAUUCGUUUCCGUUUCCAUAAAAUAGCAAUAGUUGCGGACAUAGAAAAAAUGUAUCGUAUGAUACAGAUGCAAUGCACUGAUCAACGUCUGCAACGCAUACUUUGGAGAGAUUCCUCCGACGCACCUAUUCUUACAUAUGAAUUAUCCACCGUCACGUAUGGCACUGCGGCAGCUCCCUAUUUAGCCACCAAGUGUCUGAAACGAUUAGCACAAACCGGAAGAUCUACAUAUCCCCAUGCAGCGAAAGUUUUAGAGAAAGAUUUUUACAUGGAUGAUCAGUUGACAGGAACCGAAAACCUUGAAGAAGGAAAACAGUUGAUUCGCGAAAUGCAAGAACUGAUGGCGUCUGGUGGAUUCAUUCUACGAAAGUGGAACUCGAAUUGUCGAACGUUACUUGAGGAUCUACCCGCAGACUUGGUAGAUGACCGUGCCACGUUUGAGCUGGAUUCUUCCAACUCUCCCGUUAAAACCUUAGGUCUAUUAUGGGAACCUAGGUCAGAUAAAUUCCUGUUCACAUCUCCCAAAUGGAACAGCGAAACCGUCUUUACCAAACGUAUAGUUCUCGCUGACGCUGCGCGCCUGUUUGACCCGUUAGGACUAGUGGGUCCUGUGGUAGUCUUAGCGAAAAUAUUUCUACAAGAGAUCUGGAAACGGAAAUGUGAUUGGGAUGAUCCGCUUCCAGACGAUAUGCAAUCGUUCUGGAUGGAUUAUCGACGAAACCUGCGAGCACUCUCAUCAUUAUCAGUACCCCGAUGGGUGCAAUUUUCGAAAAACUUGGAGUUCGUCGAGAUACACGGAUUCUGCGAUGCAUCCGAUAAGGCUUAUGGAGCCUGUAUUUACCUUCGUUGCACGUCUAGUGAUGGUUCCGUGGAAGUAAAUCUUAUUACCGCAAAGUCCAAGGUCGCUCCCUUGGAAGACCUCAAACGAAAGAAAAGGAAGCAGACCAUUCCCCGUUUAGAGUUAUCCUCAGCACUUCUCCUGAGUCACCUAUACGAAAAAGUCAUCUCCAGCACAAACCUACAGCAAACCGCAACGUUUUGGACAGAUUCGACCAUCGUAUUAUGUUGGUUGUCUUCUUUACCAUCACGAUGGCAAAUGUUCAUAGCAAAUCGUGUGUCCGAGAUCCAGCACAUCACGAAAGGUAGUCACUGGAAACACAUUGCAGGUGUAGAGAACCCAGCAGACAUAAUUUCCCGAGGAAUGUCUCCCAUCCAACUUCAGUAUCAGCGUUUGUGGUUCAAGGGGCCUCUCUGGCUGUGCCAGGAGAAGAGUUUAUGGCCAUCCAACAAACCAAGAGAAACAAUUGAUUCCUCACUUCUGGAAGAGAAAUCAAUCAUAGCGUUACCCACGAUAAUCGAGCAGCCUAACGAAAUAUUCUCGUUGCGUUCAUCGUUAUUUGAACUGACCCGUGUAGUUGCAUUAAUAAAUCGAUUCAGACAUAAUUGUCAGCCUAACGGAAACCAACCCAAACUCACAGGAUUCCUCACACACGCUGAGCACGAACAUGCUAUGAUUAUACUGAUUCGGCUCUCCCAGAGCGAGUCAUUGGCAGCUGAGAUUUCCGCUUUGCGAAAGGGUCAUCAAAUAUCAGCCAGUUCAUCGAUUGCUACGUUGAACCCAAUACUUAUCGAUGAUGUUCUUCGUGUUGGCGGCCGGUUAAUGAACGCGGCGAUUUCCUCAGAUAGAAAACAUCCCAUUAUUCUCAGUCAUCGACAUCACUCACUAAGGCUGCAGCUAUUGGUUUCCACCGUACGUGAAAAAUACUGGCCUACCCGUAUUAGACGACUAGCAAACACAGUACUUCACGAGUGCGUAUCCUGUUUCCGCACCAGACCGAAGGUUCUGGAUCAAUUAAUGGCGGAUCUACCAUCUGAACGUGUGUCUCCGGCUCCUCCAUUCUUGAAGGUUGGGGUCGACUAUUGUGGACCGUUCCCUGUUGUUUAUCCUGGACGUCGCGCUGUUCCAAGGAAAUCCUUCAUCGCUAUUUUUGUUUGCCUGGUGACGAAGGCGGUGCAUUUGGAGCUCGCAGGAGAUUUGACCAGUGAAGCCUUCCUUGCAGCCUUCAAGCGAUUUAUAGCCCGUAGAGGAAAACCUGCUGUAGUAAUGUGUGAUAACGCCCUCAAUUUCGUGGGGGCCAGACGAGAGUUGGACGUACUACGUCAGCUUUUUUUGAAUCAACAGUUCCAGGAAUCAGCGGUUCGUGAAGCAGCUCAAGAUGGCAUAGACUUCCGGUUUAUUCCUCCUCGAUCACCUAACUUCGGAGGACUUUGGGAAGCAGCGGUGAAGUCUUUCAAAACGCAUUUCAAAAGAUCCAUCGGUGUUCGAGUUUUACAGCAUGAUGAAAUGCAGACAGUUGUGGUUCAGAUAGAAUCCGUGCUAAAUUCCCGUCCGUUGACUCCAAUUAGUAAUGAUCCCAACGAUUAUGAAGCGCUAACCCCGGGACAUUUCCUUGUCCAGAGACCUCUGUCAGCUAUACCGGAACCGUGUCUCCAAGAAAUACCAGAGAACAGACUCUCUAUGUGGCAACGGGCGCAAUCAUUUGUGCAGCAAUUGUGGAAAAAAUGGUCGGUGCAAUACCUUUCUGAUCUCCACAAUCGCACCAAAUGGACCCGUCAACGCAACAAUAUAUCGACGGGUACCAUGGUCCUGAUGAAAGAGGACAAACUUCCACCAUUAAAGUGGAGCCUUGGACGCGUGGUGAAUACUCACCAAGGACCCGAUGGCAACAUUCGGGUUGUUACAGUACGAACAAAAGAUGGCGAAUAUAAGAGAGCGAUAUCGAAGAUAUGUGUUCUUCCGAUCCAGGAUAACCAUGAUGUAUCGACGCAGCAAAAUUAA